AUGGCGUCAGCAUCAGAAGAGGACUACACCUGUCCUGUGUGCUGUGACAUCUACAAGGAUCCCGUCAUAAUGGCGUGUGCUCACAGCGUGUGUAAGGCCUGUCUGCAGAAAUUCUGGGAAAUCAAAGGAUCCAGAGAAUGUCCAGUCUGUAGACGAAAAGUUUCAAAGGACCCAUCCCCUAACUUUGCUUUGAGAAAUGUGUGUGAGGGGUUCCUAAAAGAGAGGAGCCAGAGAGAUUCAGCUGGAUUAGAGGUGCUAUGCAGUCUGCACAGUGAGAAACUCAAGCUCUUCUGUCUGGAGGAUAAACAUCCUGUGUGUGUGGUGUGCCAGACCUCAAAACUACACAGAGGCCACACCUUCAGUCCUAUUGAUGAAGCUGCAGCAGACAUGAAGGAGGAAUUGAAUACCAGACUGGGGUGUCUGAAAAAAACAAUGAAGACUGUUGAAGAAGUUAAAUUAAUCUGUGACCAAACAGCAACUCAUAUUAAGUCUCAGGUCCAUCUUACAGAGAAACAAAUCAAAGAGGAUUUUGAGAAGCUUCACCGGUUUCUUCGAGAUGAAGAGGCAGCCAGGAUUGCUGCACUGAGGGAGGAAGAGGAGCAGAAGAGUCAGAUGAUGAAGGAGAAGAUUGAAAAGAUGAGCAGAGAGAUCUCCUCUCUUUCGGACACGAUCAGAGCCAUAGAGGAGGAGAUGAAAGCUGAUGAUGUCACAUUCAUGCAGAACUACAAGAGCACAGUGGAAAGAAUUCAGUGCAUGCUGCAGGAUCCAGAGAAUCCUUCAGGAGCUCUGAUCAAUGUGGCAAAGCACCUGGGCAACCUUAAGUUCAAAGUCUGGUUGAAGAUGCGGGAGAUUGUUCAAUACACUCCUGUCACUCUGGAUCCCAACACAGCAAAAAACAAUCUCAUCCUGUCUGAGGACCUGACCAGUCUGACACAUUGUGGUGUUGAGAGUCAGCAGCUCCCUGAUAACUCAGAGAGAUUUGAUUACUAUAGCAGUGUGCUGGCAUAUGAGUGCUUUAGCUCAGGAACACACUGCUGGGAUGUGGAGGUUGGGGACAAGGCAAGGUGGAAUGUGGGUGUAAUGACAGAAUCUGCCGAGAGGAAGGGAGACACUGACUCCAUGAGUGGACUAUGGUCCUUAUGGUAUCAUGAUGGUGAAUAUGGCACACAUGUCCCACCACAGCCCCCCACCCUCCUGCCAGUGGAACAGAAACUCCAGAGGAUCAGAGUGCACCUGGACUGGGACAGAGGGGAGCUGGCAUUCUCUGACCCUGAUAGUAACACACACCUACACACUCUCACACACACGUUCACUGAGACAGUGUUUCCCUACUUUAAUGGAGAUCCUCUGAGGAUCCUCCCAGUGAAGGUGAUGGUAAAAAAGAAGAUCUAG